GAGUGGUAGAGCAAGGCCAACGGCCGAUCCAGUGACCACACCCCUCCCAUCGCAGCGGCCGGCGCCGUUCACCUACUCCGCUGACGGGCGAGCUCAUCGCGUGCCCGCGCCGCAGCUUUGCAGGAUCCGAGGCCUCAGUGCGUCACCCCCAGCUUCGGCACGAAGACGACACGCGAGCUUGCCGCCGCGCAUCUCCUGCUGGUAGCUCUUGGGACAUGAAUGCUCUCUGGCUAUAUUAAGCCCCAGUUUUGGAGAUGGAAGAAUCCAGGUCAACUAGACAGUUUUCUCAUGUUAUUCUUGGUUUGGAUGGUACCCUCUUAAAUACAGAUUAUGUUGUACAGCAGGUGCUAAAAUCAUUUCUUGUCAAGGAAGGGAAAACAUGGGAUAGCAAGAAAGCUCAGUGUUUAUUACGAAAGGGACCUUAUGAAGCUGCAGUUGCUGUUUUGGAAGAAUAUGAACUCCCUUACUCAGCAGAAGAGUUCCUCAACAUGAUUACUCCAAUGUUUAAUGAGAAGUGGGGCAAUAUAAAAGCCCUUGCAGGAGCUAAUAGAUUAGUACAGCAUUUAAGGAGUAAGGGUGUAUCUGUUGCUCUGGCUUCCAACUCCCCAAGAGAAAACAUUAGAGCAAAGAUCGGUUGUCAUCCGGGAUGGGAAGAAUCUUUUGUAGCAAUUGUUGGUGGUGAUGAAGUGACAAGGGGGAAGCCAGCUCCAGACAUAUUUGUGGAAGCUGCAAAGAGAAUGAACUCUGAUCCAUCAAAUUGCAUCGUUAUUGAGGAUUCCUUGCAAGGUGUCCUGGCUGGUAAAGCUGCAGACAUGCAUGUGAUAGCUGUACCUUCAAUACCCAAAAGCACUGCUGAAUUUGGUGCUGCUGAUGAAGUGAUCAAUUCCCUCCUUGACUUACGGCUUGAAAAAUGGGGCUUGACACCGUUUGUUGAUUGGAUUGAGGACACCUUGCCAAUAGAGCCAUGGUUUAUCAGCGGACCUGUGAUAAAAGGAUAUGGCCGUGGUUCUAGAGUACUAGGGAUACCAACAGCCAACUUACCUGCAGACAAGUUCUCAGACAUACUCUCGGAGCAUACUUCUGGGGUAUACUUUGGUUGGGCUGGACUGCGUAAACGAGCUAUCUACAAGAUGGUCAUGAGCAUUGGUUGGAACCCAUAUUUUCAUAACUCAGAGAAAACUAUUGAGCCAUGGAUACUUCAUGAUUUCAGCGAGGAUUUCUAUGGAGAGGAGCUCAGCCUUGCUAUAAUUGGCUACAUAAGACCUGAGGCCAACUUCAGUUCGGUUGAAAGUUUGAUAGAGAGGAUUCGCGAAGACGGAAGAAUAGCAGAGAAAGCUCUCGAUCUCCCAAUAUACGCCUGCUAUAAGGACUCGCCGUACUUGAGAAGGGAUCAAAAUGAUUGAACAGUUCUACAGCCAAAGAAGCCGCCAAAUAGACUAUACAUAUUCAUGAAAUUAUAUUUUCCGUGUUCUGAAAGAGGACGCUCAUUUACAAAAUUGUUCUUAAUUCAGUUUGUACGGUUUGCAAUUAUAAAUAUUUGGAGUUCU